CGCUUCUAUGUAAAAUAUGAUUUAUAUAGGAAGAGUUUUGAAAACUGGUUUGUUCAGUUCUUGUUUAGUUGUUCAGAUCAGGUGUUGCUAGGUAAAUUGUAAAGAACCCAAACAAUGUCAUCACAGGAGACAACCAACAGAAAUAUUUUCUUCAAGUAGACUUACAUACUAUGGCUCUUGAAAUCUUGAAAUCACUCAAAGAUCUAAAGAGGUAUGACAAUGAAGAUGCUGUAGAUCUUCUGAAGAAAUUGUGCCAGUUGUAUUUCCAACAUGAGGAUGAUAAGGGUCAACGUAGCCUUGGCGACCAGCUUGUGAGAGAGGGGGGCACAGAAUUGCUGGUCAAAAUCUUAAUUGGAUUUUCCACUGCUGGCUUCUUCUCAAGUAAUUCAAUCUGGUUUCCAACAUACUAUACAUUGAGUGCAAUAUGGAACUUAAGUGAUGCAAGUUUCCUGUUUGCCAAAGAGCUCGGCAAACUUGAUGCACUGCAAUACCUGCUGGCUGUCCUAGAUCAUGGUCCAUAUAAGGAAAAGCUUGGUGAAAAGAAUGUCCAAUAUCUUGUGAAGGCUUCUCUAUGUAUUCUGCACAAUGUUGCAAAAGUUCCGCACAACAGACCCCUUCUCAGGCAGAACAAUGGUGUACAAAAGAUUGCCUAUUAUACUAGAGUGGAGGACGAACUCCUGAAAGUGGUGUCCAUUAUGACACUGGGUUACAUCAUCGACGAGGAUGAAUCAGAGUUGAUCAUGGACGAAUCAGGUGCCGUAGAAAUCAUGGUAAAGCUGCUACAGGGUGCCUUAAAUUCAAAGGAUCGACGUUGCCGUGGGUAUACACCAUUUGAAAUUGCUGAAGGAUUGACUUUGAUUGCCACCUGUGAGCGUAACAAGAUGAAGAUUUACGAAUGUGGCGCUGUUCCAAAAUGCCUGGAUAUGAUGAAAAGUGAAGACUUUCGUGACAGGCUGUUUGCCACCAAAGUUAUCUGGCAGCUAGCCUUCGAUGAGUCGCUGCGUGAGAAGCUAAAAGAAAAUGGGGCCCUGAUGGACAUGCUGGACAGUCUGUCUAAAGACACCAGCAAAGCUGUCACUAAUGCUGCCCAAGGAGCUCAGUGGGUCAUUAAAAAGCAAGCAGAAGAGAAAUCUAAGGCGAAGCCGGACUCUAAGUCAGUAAAGCAGACUUCGGGACAUGUAAUGAUAAGCUAUCAGUGGGAUGACCAGAAAACACUGCUGGAAGUCAACAAAACUUUGCAGAACGCUGGCAUAAAGGUGUGGAUGGACGUGGAGCAGAUGGCUGGAUCCACUCUGCAGGCCAUGGCUGAAGCUGUGGAGAAGGCUUACGCAGUCAUCAUCUGUGUCUCUCCUAAGUAUAAAGACAGCCCAAACUGCAGGACUGAGGCUGAGUAUACUUUCCAGCUAAGAAAAGAGAUAAUUCCCCUCAUGAUGGAGCAGAACUAUAAGCCUGACGGAUGGCUUGGGGCUCUGUUGGGGGCUAAGCUGUGGAUAGACUUCAGCGAUAACUGUAACUUUGAAGAGAGCAUCAAACAAUUGAUUAAAGAAAUUAAAGGUCGCACACCACCAGAGGAAAAUGAUGUGGUGAUAGCUGUAAGCAGCAAUGAUCAGCAAACAAACGCCAGUAGCAAAGAUCCUCCUCUGAUCACAUGGACUAAGGAACAUGUCGGUUUGUGGCUGAAAGAAAAUGGACUGGAUUUCUGCCUCAAUGUUUUUGCAGAAUACGAUGGAUCACUCAUUUACCAGCUGCAGAGGUUACGCAGAGAGGCUCCAGAGUUUUUCUACGCCAGCCUCAGGAGGGACAUGGGAUUCAGCACACUGACUGAGAUACUGAAGUUUUUGAGAGCCUUGGAAAAAACAGAUGGCCCUUAAUUCUUGAACUACAGUACUUUAUUUGUCCAUAAUUAUGACAUCAAUGUUGAUUUCUGAUCUUUAUAACAGAGCGCUUGAACUUGGUGAAAAACGCACAUUACAGGAGGUCGCAACAAAAGGCACAAAGAGUCUAAAUAAGAUCCGUAGAAUUGCAAAAACUACAUUUUCUCUAAAUGAGCACUGUAUAUAGGUUAACUCUUCUGUAGAUAGAUAACAAUUGCACCAUUACCUUGACACUUAAUGUAUCACAUAUUAAUUUGCACGGAAGCUGUUACUUAUGUGCCCUAUAGCUGUGAGAGUCUUGUGAAUUCAUGUCACCAAUGCAAAAGCAUCGGAGUAUGAAGUAAAAUAAGAACAUAACAAUUAUAAAUGUUAUUUUCAGUCCCCAGCCAUUCUUUCGCAGUGUGUUAAUAUGGCACGUUGCUGCCCCCUACUGAAAAAAAGUGUGACUACAACCUCCUUAUGGAUUUUGAGAACAGCAGGGUGGGCUCCUCAGCUUUUGCUUAGAUAUUCUCAGAAUUUUAGACAAAAAAUGCUGCAGUCUGUGAUAAAUGAGAGUAACUCUGGGAUUACUUGCAACUGAUUAUUCAGGUAACUGUCAAAUUAAGAAAAUAUAAUAUACAAUUUAAUUUCAUUAUAUGAAGAAAUAAGUAUACAACAACAUUCAUUAUGGCCUACUGUGCAUGCAAGCCAAACUGUCAUCAAUAUACCUCCAUGCUACAUCUGUAGAUGGUGUAAAGAGAAAUAUAGAGUCAGUUUGCGGAAGAACACUCUGAAAAGCAUGCCUGGUGAAAUGGCCCAACUGCAUCUUGAGCUUUAGUAUCCAAAGAAUGAUCAGGAUAGGAAAUAUGCACCCACUCUGCUUCAUGUGUUGCCUCCGGACCUCGGGAGGGAACCAUUUGGUGUCCAUAAAGCCCUUUCACCCACCCUAAAGAGGGCACAACCAUCUGCUUAUCCGUCACAUGGUCGGCAGGGCAAAUGCUCACAUGUCUGCAGAGAAAGUGAUGGCUGUGUUCCAAACUGCAUACUUGUGUUCUAUCUAGUGUGGUAUAUUACAUUCUAGAUAGAACACAAGUAUACAGUUUGGAAUACAGCCCAUGUUUCAAGCUUUUGUACUAUCUGUCAGAGUUCUUAGGAGUGUGGAAGUUCUUGGCUGACAUAUCAAUUAUUGUUCCUGAACUCAAGUACUCAUACCAGAUGUCUUCGCUCAGUAACUGUGCAUGAAGAUAAUCUGAUGAAGAGGAAAACAGUGAUUGAGGAAUUAUUGUACAAAUGUUAUUAUGCAACAAGUAUGUUUAUCUCAAUUUACCGGACUAAAAAUAUUACUAGGGAUAUGGCUGGUCUCAUUUAAUAUAUUUGCUUUCUAUGUAAUCAGGUAUAAAAGUAUAUAAUAUAUGAGCAGGCGUUUUUGGAACGUAGUCCAAGACUUGGUUUUAGGAGCUUUCCUUUUCAAUGCAUGAAAUAAAUUACAAAAUAAAACAGUUUGAUUAGGA